AUGGUUUCCGUCUGGAGCAGCGUGCAGCACUGCAGCCGGGUGCCCGCUGAAGGGAAGGCAGUGCUGAUAACAGGCUGUGACAAAGGUUUUGGACAUGCCUUGGCGAAACAGCUUCACACAAAGGGAUUCACUGUUUUUGCUGGAUGUUUGCUGGCGGAUGAGAACGGAGAUGGAGCCAGGGAGCUGAGGAACAUGAAGUCAGAUCGCAUGCACGUGCUACAGAUGGACGUGUGCAGUGAUCAGGAGGUGUCUCAGGCUGUGGAUUUUGUGAAGAGGACCCUGAAGGAGCCAGGGAAGGGUCUGUGGGGCCUGGUGAACAAUGCUGGCGUCUCGACCUUCGGAGAGGUGGAAUUUGCAAGUUUAGACAACUACAAGAAGGUGGCCGAGAUCAACCUGUGGGGCACCGUGAGGGUGACAAAGGCAUUCCUGCCCCUCAUUCAAAACAUGCUGGACAGCCGUGUGGUGAAUAUCACAAGCAUGUUGGGACGCAUGGCGAGUCCAUCUCGCUCCUGCUAUUGCAUUUCCAAGUUUGGGGUGGCAGCCUUCUCUGACUGCCUCCGGCAGGAGAUGUACCGAUGGGGCGUCCGCAUCAUCCUUGUUGAGCCCAGUAACUUCGUGGCAGCGACGGGCAUCCUGACGGCAGACGGUAUUGACAAACAGGCCGAGGCGCUGUGGGGCGGAGCCAGCGACACCGUGCGGGAGGACUACGGGAGGGAGUACUUCACUCGCCACGUGGCCUUGAUGAAGUCCUUCGUCAACAGUGGCCUGAAGGACAUGUCUCUGGUCUUGAAUGACAUCACUGAUGCCCUCACUUCCACGUGCCCGAACAACCGUUACAGUCCCAUGGAGACCUACUGGUGGGUGAGGCUGCAAGUCAUGACUCACCUGCCCACGGCCGUUGCCGACUGGCUGUACAUCCCCGGAGCCACCGUGUAG